GUAUUGGAGUUCGCUGGCGGAGCGAAACUGUGGAAGAAGCUAGAAGCUAACAGCUAAGCUAACAGCUAAGCUAACUAAACUACUACUCUCUGUGACCGAGCUGCUUAGAGUUUAAACACUAAAUGAUUAAAAGUGCUGUCUUUGAAACAGUUUGACCGUCCUAGUCAACUCGAUCUGUGUGUGUGUGUGUGUGUGUGUGUGUGUGUGUGUGUGUGUGUGUGUAACCUUGGCUGAGGUCCUCAGUGUCUCUGGGUGUGGGUGAGACUGGCCCCGUGCCAGUCCUCUGUAGAUGAAGAUGUCCCUGGCCCAGCGAGUGCUCCUGGCCUGGAUCUUCGCCCUGAUCUUCCUCAUCAUGCUGGUCCUCAAGCUGGACUCUAAGAUUCACUGGAACUGGUUCCUUAUCUUCCUCCCCGUCUGGACCUUUGACACCAUCCUCAUCCUUAUGCUGAUAGUGAAGAUGGCGGGGCGCUGCAAGCCUGACUUUGACCCCCGCGACGGAGAGCAGAGCCUGAAGAGACGGUUGUGGUACCUAACGGCCCUGCUGCUGAAGCUGGCCUUCUGCCUGACACUGUGCUCACGCCUGGAGAGGCUCAUCGACAUGUGGGUCAGUGUGCUGUGUGUGCCUCUGUGGGUACUGUUGGGUGGGGCGCUGGUGGAGCUGGGACACAGUGUUUUCCACUACAGGAGGGAGUGAACCA